CUGGACGCUAGCACCGGGUCGGCGCGGCUCUGCGUUUUGCCGGGGCUCGCAUACCUGGUGGACGUUGACCAUUUGAACAGCUCUCAAACGCUGCCGACGAAGCCGCCGUCGAAGCGUCACCAGCCGCCGCAUCGCCUGGCACUGAAAACUCCCAGGGGCCCCAGCAUCCUUCCGCAGCCACACAACACCACAACACCGUAACCAAUGGAGGAGAUGUUCUUCGGCAAGAAGAAGCAGGAAGGACCCUCAAUCCCACCGCCGCCGUCCGCCGACGACGCCGAAAAGAAGGAUUAUGUGCUCCGGGAAUUGUCGAAACUUUAUACAAAAGUCUUCCGGCCCAUCGAAGAGGCCACGAAGUUCGACGUGUUUUAUUCCUCACUGCUGAAUGAGGCGGAGUUCCGCACGCCGCCCAUGGUUUUACUAGUAGGACCUUAUUCGGUCGGCAAGACGACGUUUAUCGAGUAUUGACCAGUGUCGAGGUUCAAGGGCCCUUCAACUCGGGGUCUCUCUGCGUGUGGGCGCAGUGAUGCUCUCGCCACUCGGUCGAGUGCAUCAGAGGGGCGUCGGGUCCGAGUUUGGUCGAUGUCCGCGCAGGUACCUCCUCGGCCGCAAGUUCCCGGGCCAGCGCAUCGGUCCCGAGCCGACCACGGACCGGUUCACGGCCGUCAUGUACGGCGAGGACGACCGGACGAUUCCUGGAAACGCUCUGACGGUGGCACCGAAUUCGCCCUUCCGAGCGUUGCAGCGCGAGGGCAACGCAUUUCUGUCGAGGUUUGAAGGAAGUCUCUGUGCCGCACCGUUGCUGGAGCACUUGUCACUGAUCGACACGCCUGGGGUGUUGUCCGGAGAGAAACAACGGGUCCAGAGGCACUACGACUUUGACGUCGUCGUCCAGUGGCGCCGACGCGGCGUCUAUCAAGUCGCGGCGAUGGCGUCGUCGCGAUACCGCAUCGCCUCGACGCCGUCGACGCGGCCGGCAGAGCGUCGACGCGUCUCGUGACGGUGUCGUUCCCACGCAGGUUCGCGGAACGAGUGGAUUUAAUAGUGCUGCUCUUCGAUCCGUUCAAGCUCGACAUUAGCGACGAGUUGACGGGAGUCAUCCGACGGUUCCGGGGCCACGAGGACAAGGUGCGCGUCGUGCUCAACAAGUCCGAUAGAGUGAAUCAGCAGCAGUUGAUGCGAGUUUAUGGUGCAUUGAUGUGGUCGCUGGGACGCGUGUUAGACACGCCCGAAGUGUGUCGAGUUUAUGUUGGCUCGUUCCACGAUGAAGAAUUGAGAGACCCGGACACGGCGCCUCUCUUAGCCGCGGAGAUGGGCGAUCUCCUGUCGGAUCUGCGGGAAUUACCGCAACAAUCCGCGACGCGGCGCGUGAACGAACUCGUUAAGAGAGCGCGAUUGCUCAAGGCGCACUGCUACUUGCUGGACCACCUGCGGGAACAGAUGCCGUCGGUCUACGGCUUCCAGAAGAAAAAACAAGAGCUGUUGAACAGCAUGCCGGCGCAGUUCCGGACCGUUUGUAGAGCUCGUGGUCUCUCCCCGGGCGACUUCCCCGACUUGCAGAAAUUCGUCGCGGUGGCGAAGGAAGUGGAUUUUGCGCAGUUCCCUAGGGUGAACGGCUCGCGCAUGAAGAAGGGCAAGAUGAUGCAGGAGCUCGAGGCCGCGCUCAACAACGCGAUCCCCGCGCUCAUGGAGUUCCUGCCUCGAGGGGCUGCUUCUGUGGAAGAACCGGUCACGGAGUCGGUGGGCGUGAGCGAGGUGGAGACGGUGAUCUAGGGGCUAAGUGUCGUUCUAU